GCGUGUUCGUUUUUUUGUAACUACAACCAUCACUCAUGUCAUUACAAUCACCGUCUGUGUCACUGUAGCCACCGCCCGUGUCACUACAACCACCGCCCGUGUCACUGUAGCCACCGCCCGUGUCACUACAACCACCGCCCGUGUCACUACAACCACCGCCCGUGUCACUGUAGCCACCACCCGUAUCACUGUAGCCACCGCCCGUGUCAUUUUAGCUACCGCCCGUGUCACUUUGGCUACCGUCCCACCCAUUACAUUUACUGCCGCCUGUCUGGAGAUGGCGAGGUCUGGAGAGGCGCUUGGUGAUGGCGGCGGAGAUGUUUCGGUUGCCUGCGAUGACGAAUUCUUCGAAGAAUAGACUACGCUGCGGAUGAGUUUGGAGGCUGAGCCUGAGAGGGAGACGAAGGAGUUGCGUUGAAUUCUAAAUCACAAUUUUGGAAAUUCUAAAACCACUCAUAUUUUGGUCCAUUAAAAGUGUGUAGCUAAUAUCCAUGCCAUUCUUUCUUUUUAUUAAUAAUAGGGAAAAGGUGCAAAUAGGCCCAUGUUCUAACCAAAAAAAGUCAAACAAGCCCUUAUUUAGGAGGCUCUGUCCGGCCGUCAUCAUUUGGGGUGGUUCCCGAUUGAAUUUUUAGUUGAAAUUUGGUAUGA